UGCCUGUUUCCUGUCACCAUCGCCCAUCGCCCAUCUCCCAUCCCCACCAAUCAUCGUCAUCUCAUCUUUAUCUUUUUGGCGAACCUGUUGCACGCACGCUCUCCACUCUCUCUCAUUUUCUGAAUUUUGCUGUUGUUCUGUUCGUCCGUACUUCUCCAUGUGAACUGGAACUGGAAGCAGGAGUGUUUGUGGAUGAACCGAAGAUAGGUGGCAGCCCUACUAUCGUCAAGCUCUGAACUUGACCAGAACGAUCAUUCUGAGGCACACCGUCCAACCCAGAUCACUCGCGCCGAUCAGCUUGCCAAUAGUCACCGAGAACAAGCAUCAAAGGCACCUGCAGGGCCGCCGUCGCAUACACACAAUGGGAUCCAUUAACUGCAAGGAGUACAAAACGACAGGCAAUGUCACGCCGAAAAAGGAACAAUCCACAGGUGGCGCCGUGGGUUCCUAUCAGUCCAAGUGCAACAGCAGCAGCGACAGCAGCAAAGACGCGAGUAUGCCAGUCAAUGCCAAUCAGCCGGAUGCGGAUGGCGUCGAGUACACGGACCCCGUGGCCGUGUGCAACGUGUCCGACCUGAAGGAGAACGAGAUGAAGCAGGUGGACUUCGACGAGGACACGCGCGUCCUGCUGGUCAAGCAAAACGGCCGCCUGCAGGCGGUGGGGGCCAAGUGCACCCAUUUCGGGGCGCCCCUGAACACUGGCGCCCUCAGUCAGGGCCGUGUGCGCUGCCCCUGGCAUGGGGCCUGCUUUAACCUGGAGACGGGCGACAUUGAGGACUUCCCCGGCCUCGAUUCGCUGCCCUGCUACAACGUGCAGGUCAGCUCCGAGGGGCAGGUGAUGCUGCGGGCCAAGCGGGCCGAUCUGGCGAAGAGUAAGCGGGUCAAGAACAUGGUAGCGCGCAAGCCGGAGGAUCAGCGCUGCUUCAUUGUGGUGGGCGGCGGACCCUCGGGUGCCGUUUGCGCGGAAACGCUGCGUCAGGAGGGCUUCACUGGCCGCCUGAUUCUCGUGAGCCGCGAGAACUACUUGCCCUACGAUCGCGUCAAGAUCUCCAAGGCCAUGAACCUGGACAUCGAGCAGCUGCGGUUCCGCGACGAGGAGUUCUACAAGCAGCACGACAUCGAGGUGUGGCUCGGCGUCGGAGCCAGCAAGCUGGACACGGCCCAAAAGGAGCUGCACUGCACAAAUGGCUACGUGGUGAAGUACGACAAGAUCUACAUUGCCACCGGCUGCUCCUCCUUCAAGCCCCCCAUUCCGGGCGCCAAUCUGAACAACGUGAAGACCAUCCGUGAGCUGGACGACACAAAGAGCAUCAUCGCAGCAGUCAGCGAGGCGACUCGCGUUGUCUGUCUGGGCGCCAGCUUCAUUGCCCUGGAGGCGGCCGCCUCGCUGGUCUCCAAGGUGGCCAGCGUGACCGUGGUGGGGCGGGACAAAGUUCCGCUCAAGGCGGCCUUCGGGGAGCUGAUCGGACAGCGUGUGGCCCAGCUGUUCGAGGAGAACAAAGUUACCAUGCGCAUGGAGAGCGGCAUCACCGAGAUCAUUGGCGACGACGACGGCAAUGUGGCGGAGGUGCAGCUGGCGGACGAAACGCGCAUACCGUGCGAUCUCCUCAUCCUCGGCACCGGCUCCACGCUCAAUACCCAGUUUCUGGCCAAGUCCGGCGUGCGGAUUAAUCGAAACGGCUCUGUGGACGUCACCGACUUCCUGGAGUCGAAUGUUCCCGAUGUGUAUGUGGGCGGCGACAUUGCCAAUGCUCACAUCCAUGGGCUGGCCCACGAUCGCGUCAACAUCGGCCACUACCAGCUGGCGCAGUACCAUGGACGCAUCGCUGCCAUCAACAUGUGUGGCUCCGUGAAGAAGCUGGAGGCGGUUCCGUUCUUCUUUACGAUGCUAUUUGGCAAGGGCAUCCGCUACGCCGGCCACGGCUCCUACAAGGAUGUCAUCAUCGACGGCAGUCUCGAGGAUCUCAAGUUCGUGGCCUACUUCGUCAACGAGGCCGAUACGGUUACGGCUGUGGCGUCGGUUGGCCGCGAUCCCAUUGUGGCCCAGUUCGCUGAGCUGAUCUCGCAGGGAAAGUGCCUGGGUCGCGGCCACAUCGAGAAUGUCGAGAACCGCGAGGCCUGGACGGCCAAACUCCUGGAGCCGCUGCCUCUGGUGCGCUAGAGGUAGAGCAGCCAGGAGCAGCUUCCAGCCCCCAACAGCUCUCUGGAGCCCCCCGCUGGCCGCUGGCCGCUGGCCUCUGCCUGUGUCUGUGCCUGUGGCAUGCAACUGCAAACUGCAAGAGAUUUGUCUUUAUAUUUUCUAUGCAAUCGUUGAGGUGUUCGGUGAAUGCCUGUACACGUUCGUCAUGUAUGUACAUGUAAAUGCAUACAUAACAUACAUACAUACAUACAUACAUAUGUUCUGGAGUUACGCUAAAUUUGUUGAGUUUUGUACACUACCGCCGGUGGUCCAUUGGCUGGGCCCAGGACCAAAAUCAAAUCACUUUUUCCUUGCCUUAAUCAAAGCGAACAUGCAACAGUCAUUGUCAGUGUAGAUUCACAUAUAUUAAUAUCCCCAUUUGCUACUUGUAAACAACACCACCCCACCCAACCAACAACCCACCCCCCCACUGUAACCCAAUCUACCUGAACAACGUUCGAAUUUGAAAUUCCAAAAUUAAAGUAUUAAAUACAA